AUGAACAUGUGAUAAAUAUGUGUGUUAUUUAGUCACCAUAACCCCUUAUAUACAUUAGAAAUCUUGUGAAGUUGACUUUUUCUGCAAAGAGAUGGCAUGCAAGGUGUCCUAUCUAUUGUUUCUGUUAGUUGCAAAAUGUUUCGGAAAACUUAGUCCAGAGGAUAAUGUUCCGGCAACAACAACAGAGCCAACUCCUACCGAGCGGUUUGGUAACGUGUGGAAGUUAGAUGUACAAGGAAACUACUGGUUGUUUUGGAAAACUAACGCAACACAUGUAAUCUUUGAGACACACGUGAAGACUAAAGGAUAUGUUGGUUUUGGGCUUUCGUCUAAUGGUAAAAUGUUUCCUUCAGAUGUUGUUAUCGGAUGGGUUGACAGCAAUGGAACAACACACUUCAAGGAUUGUCAUACAGAAGGACACUAUGCACCGAUUAUUGAUGCUAGUCAGGACUGGUUUUUGUUACUCGGCAAAGAGGAUAAUUUUGGAACAGUUCUUAAGUUUACUAGAAAGUUAGAUACCUGUGAUGAUAAAGACUAUCUUAUAACGGAAAGUACUGUCAAAGUAAUCUACUCAUACCAUCCUGAUGAUCCUGCUUCGUUUAGUUCCCUACCUUGGCAUGGUGCAGAAAGACGAGGGGCCAAAAGUUUGAUGUUGCUGACGUCUGUAAAAGCAAAUGAAUACAUUCCACCCUCUGAUGCAGAACAGUUUGAUAUGCUUUACCAUAAUUUCCAUGUACCAGCAAAGAAAACGACUUAUCAAUGUAAAAUUUUUAAAGUUCCGCAAAAAAACCAGAAGUAUCAUAUGAUCAGGUAUGAACCAAUAAUAUCACCAGGUAAUGAAGAUUAUGUUCAUCAUAUUGUGGUUUCUAAUUGCCCACAUGCUACAGAUGCCGAUAAAGACGAGGUAUUUGAAUGCUAUGGACAUAGACCUAAACAUCUAGAGUGUAAUGAUAUUGUGAUUGCAUGGGCUGUUGGAGGUGUCGCAUUUGAUUUCCCAUCGAACGCUGGAUUCUCUUUCAAUACACCAGGUGAUCCACAGUACCUUUUAAUGGAGACUCACUUUAAUAAUCCAACAAUGAAGUCGGGUAUAAUUGAUAGUUCUGGUAUAAGGAUAACAGCUACACACAAACUACGUCAAUAUGACUCCGGAGUUUUGCAAACAGGUGCUAUUGUUAAUAAACUUCAGUUUAUUCCUCCACAUGAGAAAAACUUUUUAUCAAGACAUUCAUGCAGUAAACAGUGUAUAGAAAAGGCUUUGGUGACCCAACAAAAUAGUAUGAAAGUUUUUGCAACACUUCUUCAUUCCCAUUUACUUGGCUCGAAAUUGAUAGCUCAUCAUAUUCGGGGUGACGUAGAAUUAGAACCUUUGGCACAGGACCUUUCUUAUGACUUUGAUUACCAAGAUGCGAGAGUUUUAUCAAAAGAGAGAGAAAUUAAAUAUGGCGAUAGUUUAACAAUUGACUGUGUUUAUGAUUCAACAGGAAGAACUCAACCGACAUUGGGAGGAUUGUCAACUGCAGAAGAAAUGUGUUUAGCCUUCAUCUAUUACUAUCCAAAAGCUGAAAUAAGCAACUGUCAAAGUUUGCCAGUGUAUGAUCAACUCGGUUCAAACCCUGGUCAUAAUGUUGAUAUGAUGUAUAGUUGGAACUGGCAGAACCAGGAUGUGAAGGCCAAAUUUCAAGAUAUAAUGAAUAAGACAAAUGUUUACCAUAUUUGUAAUAGUCCCACACAUCCUGAUAGUACAAAUCAUCAACAGAAUAUAUAUCGUGUACCGGAACCUCGAACAAAAUACACACCACCUCCUAGGCAGUGCCCGGGUAGCCAGUAAAGGAACGUUUUUUUACGCACAUUUACAAUAAUCUUAUCUUUUGAUGGAUUUGUUCAAUGCAUAAGAUUUUGUUUUCGAAU